GCCAGUACGCAACCAGUCAGGGCAGACGGGCACUGGAGCAAAAUAUUCAUCCACACUUAACAUGUCAAUCAGGAUUAAUACCCCUACAAUCCGCCCCUCUAGGUUCACCAGGACUUUCCACAAGUGAAAAUAGCUCAAAGUCUAGGAAGAGGGGGUAAUAUAUAAAGCAGGACAGGACAGGAACACAACACCAAAGACCGCGGCGGUUUCAGUAGCGCACAACAACACACUGCGUCGCUUGGAUUUGUCUUUCACGCUUCUGCGUCUCACUCGGUGGCUGACAAGCAAAGAUGAGUGAUUACUCAGACUUUUCAAGAGCCUGAUGCCCUUCGAGGAUGUCAAAGCGCUCAAAACAAACGCACUUCUGCGUUUCAUUAUUUAACAUCCCGCGUCCGAUUUGCUCAUGAAAAACUUUCUGAGGCUGUAGAUAAAAAAAAAUAUAUAUAUAUAGACAUAUAUAUUUGCAGAUAUCUCCCGCGGCGCACUGUUAGGAGGACAUCAGAGCUAGUCAGCGCAUUACUUGUCUGCUGUCUGUGGCCACUUUCCGAGAUGGAGCUGAAAAGCGCAUUUCGUAUGCUUUUCUUCCCGAUCCAAAUGUUCUAUCACAUAGUCCGGGCAAGUUUGUUGUCGCUGUUGCCAAGCAGCAAGAAGGACUUAAGUAAGGAGGUGGUAUUGAUCACUGGUGGAGGUCGAGGGAUUGGACGUCACCUGGCCAAGGAGUUCGCCAAGCAAGGAGCCAAAAAGGUGAUCCUUUGGGGCAGAACAGAGAAGUGUUUAAAAGAGACAGUUGAAGAAAUCUCCCUCUCUGGAUCAGAAUGCUGUUACUUUGUAUGUGAUGUGGCCAAUCGGGACGAAGUGUACAAACAAGCCAAGGUGGUGAGAGAAAAGGUUGGAGAUGUUACGAUAUUAGUGAACAAUGCAGCUGUCGUGCAUGGUAAAAGUCUGAUGGACAGCGAUGACGAUGCUCUUCUAAAAACUCAACAUAUCAACACCUUGGGACAGUUCUGGACAACAAAAGCUUUCCUGCCUCGAAUGCUGGAACUACAACACGGCCACGUAGUGUGCAUUAACUCCAUCCUGUCCCAGUCCCCAAUCCCUGGGGCCAUAGACUAUUGCACCUCUAAAGCCUCAUCACUGGCCUUCAUGGAGAGCUUGACACUUGGCCUAUUGGACUGUCCUGGUGUCGGCUGCACCACUGUGCUUCCUUUCCACACCAAUACAGAGAUGUUUCGGGGUAUGAGAGUCAGGUUUCCUCAGCUCUUUCCACCACUUAAACCUGAAGUAGUUGCCCAGAAGACUGUUGAUGCUGUCAGAACCGACAAGGUCUUCCUUUACUUGCCCUGGACAAUGCACGCCCUUGUUAUACUUAAAAGCUUCAUGCCGCAAGUUGCCCUUGAGGAAAUCCAUAGGUUCUCUGGGAGUUAUACCUGCAUGAAUACAUUCAAAGGAAGGACAUAAAUCUGGAUUGUACACAUCUCGAGAGACUUUUGUGUUGAAAUAAAGGGAAUAUGGACCUUAAAGCAAUCAAAGGUGGAGGAUUUCUUUUGAAAUCGAAGAUGAACACUUAAGGAACAUAAAAAGUUGCUGCUUCUGCAUGUAGAAGUAAGCGGUAAACUACAUGAAGCACCUCCCUGUGUGUACAUGUAUAAAGCAGAAUCCAUGCAUCUGUACAAGCUGUUAUUCUGGGAAGGUUUUUGUGACACAUUUACUAUUUUUACAAUUUUUAAAUCCUUUUUAAUGGGUGUUAAGGAAAACAAAGUAAUAAAACUGAGUUUUAGAAAUAAGAUGUCUUUUAUGUUUAAAAUGAAAACACCAAGUAUCCACACAGUAUUAUGUGACUGGGUUGUGAUUCUCAAAGUGUGAUAGGAGUUGAAUUUAUUCUGAGCACAAGGCAGUGUCAAAGAUGUCAAAAACAUAACACAUUCUCUUGGGAGCUGCAUGAGGCGUUUGUUUGGUCUCAGCUUUCAGAAAACACUGUAGGUAUGCAAGGUAAUGUAAUUCUCAAUGAAAAAUAAUGAACCCAAAUCAGAUCAGUUUGGCCCUCCACAUGUGGGUAAAAUGGUUUUGCACAAAAUUCAAUUAAUAUGGACAGGCAGUGAGACCGCUGAAGUUAUUGCUCCCAGCAGUUAUCAUGAGGCUUUUAUUAUUCAACAAAAAGAAAUUUUAUUUAUUUAAGGGGAAGAUGAUAAUAUAUCAAAUUCGAUUUAACCAGUUUGACUCGUACCCAGACAAUGUUAAGAUGUCUGGAAAAAUGGUACAUUUGUGUUUGCAGAUCAAACAAACCCCCAGAGGCAGAUAUAAUAGAAGAAUGGAACAAUGUGGGUUCUCUUUAGCAUACAAAUCUGAGCACAUUCAAAUACUGUAAUUCAAAACACGUGGAAAGAAGAAUAACACAAUAGAUAAGAUUUGACUAAAUUCACAAUUACCUUUUUAAUCAAUGUGUCUUUUUUUCACCCUGAAGAAUAAAAUUCGGAGUUGAGCUUGGAAGAUCAAUCAACACCUUUUAGUCUUAAGAAAGUUAAACAGAUCCUGCAUGUUCUAUAAAUCCGCAAGGAUCUUGGAAUUAAACAUUGCAUUGACUCACAAGUGCCUUAAACCACGUUUGAGUAAAUGACCAUUGAUUUUAUCUAAAGAGGCUGUGAAAUACGGAGCCGGUAAACAAGUUAACUCCAGCCUGGUAGAUGAAUACUUUGACAUUUUGGUAAACGUGCUGAUUAACUUCCAUGCCUAAGGUUAUAAGUGAAUAUCAAUACUGCUCUCAUGUUUCUCCCAUAACUGAGAAGCUAAUUAGCUCACUGUAGCAUUGUGGAGGCGGGGGGGGGGUCUGUGCUAACCUGGCUUUUUCCAGAGGGAAAUAAUCUGCCUACUGAAAGUGAUAUUGAUUACUUUAUCUAAAUCUUAGCAAGAUAGUGUGAGAAGCCCACUGUAUCUUCCUACUUUCUUAAUUAAUUUGCAUUGAGGGCAAAAUACCAUCUCAAGCACUUCACUGUGUUCUGCCAGACAGGCUUAGGGGAAGGCUCAGAGAUAAUAAGUUGUAUUUAUUUUCUGUUCUCUCAACAUUUCAUGUCACUCAUUUUAGUCAGCUUUGCAUUUACUGCAAACUAAAUUUUAAGUGUGGCAGCAUAAAAGUAGCUAUCACCAUUUGUUUUUGAUUUGUUUACACUGAAGGUAUUUUCAUAGUCGAUGUAAAAUGGAGUCAAGUUUCCUGUCUUUAGUUACACCAACACCCAAAUGGGAAAGCUAUUUAAAUUAAUGAGCAUCAUUACGUUUUAUGCUUUCCAUUCUCUUUUACAUCAGAACUAAAACAAAGUAAAUCUGACUUUGUUAAUAUUUGAUGAGAUGAUUAUAAGAUAUUCUUUACUAAGGUUUAUCACAGAGAAAACAAGCUGUAUUAAGAGUAAGCUGCACCUUUUUUAAUUAAUUUUGUUGAGCUCAGUUUUUUUUUAAACUGAAAGACUUUUCCUGCCAUCUUCAUAACUUAUUCUUAAAUAAAACACAAACUACCAAAAACUAAACACCAUAUGACAAUAAAUCUACUAGAUGUUAUGUAAAUUACAUAUAUGCAUCAUAUCUCUAAGAACUACUGGCAUGAGUUUUGUUAUAACAAAGUUCGUUACCAAACAUAUUUAUAGACUUUUCACAUUUUGCUGCAUUGCAACCAGAAACUACAGUAUAUUUUUGGGGAAUUAUGUGAUGAGCCGACACAAAAUAAUGCAUAAUUCUGUAGCAAUUAUGCACUAUUUUGAAAUGUUGGGCAAAGUAUUAAGCUUCCUUGCAUCAAUAGGUUUUACAUCCUCUGUUUGCCAUUUACAGGCGGAAGUCUUUUCAGAUAUGUUUCUACUUGCUUUGCCCAGGUAUAGAGAGACACUUUUUCCAUUCGUCUUUGAAAAACAACUCAAGCUUAGUCAAAUUGGAUGCAAUCGUGAAAUUUAGUUUGUUUUCCUUCAUAUUACCAAUCAAAUUGGUAAUAUCUGGACUUUGACCAGACCAUUAUAACAUUUUAAAUCGCUUCAGUCUAACCAUUCCAUUGUCACCCUGGAAACAUGAUUAAAGUCAUCCUCUUGGAAUGUGAA